AUGUCGAUGAUGGUGUGACCUAAGACUAAAAGGAAGCAAGCAAGGAGAAAAAAAAAAAAAGGAGGAAGCAAAAUAAGCGCAACUUUUGAGCUUUUCGAACUCUGUGUCAAGCAAUCCACGCUGCACAUGUAAUAAUAACGUGACGCCAUUUUCGCUCUCUCAUCCCCGCUUAGUGUGCAUGUGCUUGUGCUCCUCUCUCUCUCUCUCUCUUUCUCUCGCACUCACUCAAGUUGAAGAUCUUCUUCUUCUUCUUCCUCUUCGGACGCAGAUUUACCGGUUCGCCGAACAUUUGGAUCCAAUCCACAAAUGAAGGGUGGCAAAGCUGCUAAUCCGCUCAUCACAUUCGAACAUAAGAGGGAUGCGUAUGGGUUCACCGUGCGGCCUCAGCACCUGCACAGAUAUCGAGAAUAUGCUAACAUAUACAAGGAGGAAGAAGAGGAAAGGUCAGAUCGGUGGAACUCAUUUCUAGAACGGCAGGCCGAGUCUUCUGACUUGACCAAGGAAGGAUUGGCUGCGGAUGAAGAUGGAGCUUUGGGGGCUAAAGCCACAGAGAAAGAAUCUGAUGUUAGCUCAGAGAAAGAUGGUGAUGGAAAUGAGUCGAGCACCCAAAAGCCUGGUUCUGAUGAUGCAGCUGAAAAUGGUAGUCAAAAAGAGGGCUUACCAGAAUGUGAAUCCACAAAAGUUCAUAAAGUUCAAUUAUGGACAGAGAUAAGACCAUCUCUUCGCACUAUUGAAGAUAUGAUGAGGAUCCGUGUGAAGAAGAAAACCGUGCCAAUAAAAGAUGAAAGAAACAAGAAAGGUGUGCCAAAAGAUGAAUCGCAAUCUCACACUGACGAUUCUAAGUCCGUAAAGGGAGCAUGUGAGGAAGACUCUGAUGAGGAGUUCUAUGAUGUUGAGAGGUCUGACCCUAGUUCAGAUGCCCCUCCUGUUGAUGGCACAACAAGUGCCCCAUCUAAUGGUAUUGCUGCUGAUGCAGCAUCACUAGAGGCUCCAUGGAAAGAAGAGUUGGAAGUUCUUGUUCGUGGGGGAGUGCCAAUGGCUCUGAGGGGAGAGCUUUGGCAAGCUUUUGUGGGUGCGAAAGCAAGGCGGGUGGAAAAGUAUUAUCAGCAUUUGCUGGCUCUAGAGAAUGACUCUGAAAGUAAAACUGAUCAGCAAAGCAUUCAGUCAGCUGAGGAUAAUGGGAACACUAGUGCUGAUUGCAUACGUGUGCCAGAAAAAUGGAAAGGACAGAUUGAGAAGGAUCUGCCUCGGACCUUUCCUGGCCAUCCUGCCCUUGAUGAGGACGGUAGAAAUGCUUUGAGGCGAUUACUUACUGCAUAUGCUCGACAUAAUCCUUCAGUUGGUUAUUGUCAGGCCAUGAAUUUUUUUGCGGGAUUAUUGCUGCUAUUGAUGCCUGAAGAAAAUGCCUUCUGGACCUUGAUGGGCAUUUUAGAUGAUUAUUUUGAUGGCUAUUAUUCAGAGGAAAUGAUAGAGUCUCAGGUCGAUCAACUUGUUUUUGAGGAGUUGGUACGGGAGAGGUUUCCGAAAUUGGUCAAUCAUCUGGAUUAUCUGGGAGUGCAAGUAGCAUGGGUUACUGGACCGUGGUUCCUUUCCAUUUUUGUGAACAUGCUUCCUUGGGAAAGUGUUCUUCGAGUGUGGGACGUGCUUCUUUUUGAAGGAAACCGAGUCAUGCUAUUUAGAACUGCUGUUGCUUUAAUGGAGCUAUAUGGUCCUGCGUUGGUAACAACUAAGGAUGCUGGAGAUGCAGUCACUUUACUCCAGUCCUUGGCUGGCUCCACAUUUGAUAGCAGCCAGCUUGUAUUGACAGCUUGUAUGGGUUUCCAAAGUAUAAAUGAAGCAAGAUUGCAAGAGCUGAGGAAUAAACAUCGGCCAUCGGUAAUAGCUGCUAUUGAAGAAAGAUCGAAAGGGCUUAAAGCUUGGAGGGAUUCACAUGGUUUGGCAUCAAAACUAUUUAGCUUUAAACACGAUCCUAAAUCACAGCAGUCAGGUGAUAUGCAAGUGAUUGGGAGUUUGUCGCGAUCAGAAUCUGGCUCAACAAAUGCAGAUGAGAUUCUGAUUAGUCUGACAGGAGAGGGUGAGAUAGAUUCCGUUCCAGACCUCCAUGAGCAGGUUGCCUAUCUGAAGGUUGAACUAUGCAGAAUACUAGAGGAGAAAAGAUCAGCUAUUAUUCGAGCAGAGGAGCUUGAAAUAGCACUAAUGGAGAUGGUCAAGCAGGAUAACAGGCGGCAACUAAGUGCCAAGGUUGAGCAAUUGGAGCAAGAGGUUGCUGAGCUUCGGCAGGCACUUUCUGAUAAACAAGAACAGGAAACUGCAAUGCUUGAGGUCUUGAUGCGGGUGGAGCAAGAGCAAAAGGUGACGGAGGAUGCUCGCAGGUUUGCGGAGCAAGAUGCAGCAGCACAAAGAUAUGCUGUCCAAGUGCUUCAGUCAAAGUAUGAAGAAGCAACUGCUGCACUUGGUGAAAUGGAGAAGAGGGCAGUUAUGGCAGAAUCUAUGCUUGAGGCUACAUUGCAGUAUCAGUCCGGUCAGGCUAAAGCACAACCAUCACCACGAUCUUUGCAACCAGAAUCUCCUGCAUCAAGAAACAAUCAGGAGCCUACAAUCGACAUCCCACCUAGGAGGGUUAGUUUGCUUUCUCGAUGGCGUGAUCGAAACAAGGGGAAAGAAGAGUCAGCUGAUGGAAAGCCCAAUAUUGAGGAGCAAUGUAUGGGAAACCCCAAGGUUGAGGAGCAAAGUAUGGGAAAGCCCAAGGUGGAGGAACAAAGUAAGGAACAGCCCAUUGUGGAGGAACAGAGUAUGGGAAAGCCCACUGUUGAGGAACAAAGUGCAGUGAACCACCAAGAAGGAAAUGGCCUUAAAGUAGAGGAUGAGAUUAGGAAAGAAGAUAAUGCCUAGAUGGAAUCAUUCCUUCACAAGACGGUUUGAGGAGCACCUAUUUAGUUCCUUCUUCCUGAUCUGUAAUUUUUGUUUAGUGUGAACGUAUAAAUUUUCAUAUUCAUUAAUUGUUUGUUCAUGCGAUAGAAUAAUAGCAAUUCGAGAAAAAAAAUGUAAUGAUCACGUCAAUUGUAAUA